AUGGACGCCUUCAUGGAAUUUGAGCGAGAGAUGGCACUCAAACGAAGAAAGGAAAAUCCAGAGCAAUUCGCGCCAACAGGUCCAUUGACUCGUCCAGUUAAGCCGAAGGACGACGAGUGCUGUCACUUGGAUUGUCCCAAUUGUGUGCUCUUAGUCUAUCAGGAGAAGUUGCUGGAGUACGAGCUCAGUCUACAGAUCCAGAACCAGAGAGAAAAACCUGAACCUCCGGAGCCCAAGUUCGACCUGUCGCUCUACUCCAGCAAAGAUGACGAAGAACUAUCUGAUGCAAGGCGAAAGCUGUUACUAGAGGCCGAUCGCGCGGCAUUUGAAGUCGCAGCAAACGAAGUGAUCAGUGCGCCGCACCAAACAACGGAUGGAGCCUGGAGGUCGGUUCGCCAUAUUGAUCUUCAUAUUCGUGACGACCAGCAGGACCUUGUCAGUGAGCAAGCGUCGAAUAUUGGUGUAUACGUACCAAACGAUAUCUCUGUGGUGGAGCGUAUGCUUAUGCACUUGCACAUAGAGGACCCUAACCGUCAAGGGUUUGAACACCGUCCAUUUGGUCGUGCUGGAACUGUGCACGACGCACUCACGUGGACAUUUGAUCUAAACUCGACGCCCCGCUCCAGUUUUCUUCGUGGUCUCGCCGCAUACGCUGCAGAUGAGGAUGACGUUGCUGCGUUAAUGUCACCUCAGACGACAGAAGCUAUUCAGGCUGAGAGACCCUAUCAGCACGUGACUAUAGCAGACAUUUUCGACCGCUUCUCUUCCGUACGUCUGAGCUUUGCCGAGUUUUUCCAGAUUGCGCCACCCACUGCCCCUCGCUACUACACGGUAUCCUCGUCACGGCAAUAUGUUCCCGAUAUCGUCUCCAUCACGUUGGGACUCCGAAAAACGGACACUCAGCCGCUACCACGGUGUUCCAGCUACCUUGCAAAGCUGAAGCCAGGUGAUGCCGUUCGCGCGUCCUUCUACCAGUCGUCAUUAGUAUUCCCGUUCCGCGACCACCGCCCUAUCAUGCUUGUCAGUGCAGGAACAGGAAUUGCGCCGUUCCGAGCAUUCCUUCAGGAUCUGGAGCAUGAAAACGACACGUCGCAGCAGGAGCAUCGUCCGGCUUAUUUAUUUUACGGCUGCCGUAAGGCAAGCGUGGAUUUCUUGUACGGUGAAGAACUGCAGCGUGCACGAGACUCUGGCGUGCUGGACCAACUACACGUGGAGUUUUCAGGCGAAAGGGACCAGCCUAAACGAGUAUCUUGUGUUAUUGUAGCGAGCUCGUGGCACGACAUCUCAUGGCAGACGAUGGCUACAUCUACGUGUGCGGCAGUCUGGACAUGGGUCGGGCCGUGA